GUCACGGCCUGGCUGCGGAUGAGGCGAACACCAACCACCCGCAAAGAUCGGGCGCCGACGAGCACGGCAGCGGCAACCAACCCCCGAAGCUGAGGCCCCGCGCGCCGCCGCCGCAACAGAAAAACAGAGGAGAGCGAGACACGGCCGCGCAACGGCAACAGGGGAGGAGAACAGAUCCCGCGCCCUGCAUUUGCCCUGCUAUCUUCCUCCACCGGUGAGAUGGUCGGAGGGAUGAAACCGACGCGACAAGCCGGCCGGCGGUCGUCAUGGCGGCGGCGGUGCUAUGAGCAAUGAGCACGACACGGCCUGGAUUUCUUUGCAAGAAGACGCAUCUCCGAUCGCGUGCCGCGGUGGUUGGCUUCUCGAAUCCUUCUUGUGUACGUAGCCGUCAUGUCGUCCAACUCCUCCUCGGCCGCCCCACCGCCGCCCUCCAAGAGCAGCCCUCCUCCAUCGGCAGCCCCGCCGCCGUCACCGUCCAUCUCCAAUUCGUCCUCGCCGGCGCCGUCCAGCUCCAACGACCCCUCGCCUCCGCCUGCGCCGCCCAAGUCCAAUGGCGCCCCGGCGUCGCCAGCAAGGGUUCCGUCUCCACCAGCCCAAUCAUCCAGAGGCUCCGGUGACUCGAGCAGGUCGUCACAGACUUCUGCGCACCGUGUCAGCCCCAACACCACGGCCGAGAUCAUUUUCGCCGCCGCCGGGGCGGCGAUGCUCCUCGCGCUCCUCAUCGCGGCCUGCGUCUGCUGCUCGAGGAGGACGGCGCCGAGGCGGAGGCGGAAGCCUCACAAUCCCAUGCAUUUCUACGCCGAUACCUCCGGCAACAAAGCCGGCAGCACGUACUACACCGGCGGGCCGCAGCCGCAGUGCCAGAGCGGCACCGGCGCGGGGCCGUCGACGAGCACGUCCCGCCCACCCGGGGCAGCCUGGCCGUUGCCGCCCGGCAUGAACUCGGGCGUCUACUCCAGCCCGCGCGACCAGCCGACGUCACCGCCCGCACCGCAGGAGACGCUGGGGCUCGGCAGGGGCACGUUCACCUACGAGGAGCUCGCGGCGGCGACGGGCGGCUUCUCGCAGUCGAACCUGCUCGGGCAGGGCGGGUUCGGGUACGUGCACAAGGGGGUGCUCCCCAGCGGCAGGGCGGUGGCCGUGAAGCAGCUCAAGUCCGGGAGCGGGCAGGGGGAGCGCGAGUUCCAGGCCGAGGUGGACAUCAUCGGCCGGGUGCACCACCGCCACCUCGUGUCCCUCGUCGGCCACUGCAUCGCCGGCGCCAGCCGCAUGCUCGUCUACGAGUUCGUCCCCAACAAGACGCUCGAGUUCCACCUCCAUGGGGAAGGGUUGCCGCCGAUGGCAUGGCCGACGAGGCUGCGCAUCGCGCUCGGGGCGGCGAAGGGGCUCGCCUACCUGCACGAAGACUGCCAUCCACGGAUCAUCCACCGCGACAUCAAGUCGGCCAACAUCCUCCUGGACAACAACUUCGAGGCCAUGGUGGCGGACUUCGGGCUGGCCAAGCUGACGUACGACGGCAUCACGCACGUCUCGACGCGGGUCAUGGGGACGUUCGGGUACCUGGCGCCGGAGUACGCGUCGAGCGGGAAGCUGACGGAGAAGUCGGACGUCUACUCCUACGGCGUGAUGCUGGUCGAGCUCAUCACGGGGCGGCGGCCCAUCGACGCCACCGCGCACUUGGUCCUGGAGGACGGCCUGGUCGAAUGGGCGAGGCCGGCCCUGUCGCGCGCGCUCGCCGACGGCGACUACGACGCCGUCGCCGACCCGAGGCUGCAGGGCAGCUACGAGCCGGUGGAGAUGGCGCGCGUGGUGGCCAGCGCCGCCGCCUGCGUCCGGCACUCGGCCAAGAAGCGCCCGAAGAUGAGCCAGAUCGUGAGGGCGCUGGAGGGCGACAUGUCGCUGGAGGACCUGAACGACGGGGUGCGGCCGGGGCAGAGCAGGCUGUUCGGGGAGGGGGCGGGGUCGUGCAGUUCCGACAUGAACCGGACCAAAGUGGUGGUCGUGGCGAGCCCCGAGUACAGCGGCAGGUUCGGACGGCCCUCGCCGGUCAGCAGCGACAGGCCAAUCUCCGACGAGAUGAGUCCGGCGGAGAGACAGCAGCCGCACCUCUGACCGAUUCUGUGGUUUUCUCCUUGCCGUACGUCUGGGUAGUUUGUUCAUGUGCUAUUUCUAACAUUUCGUGUUACCGAUUAGUGUUGGUGUGGAGAACCAUACAUGUCAUGUUUGGACAUAGAAAGAGCCAUUGAAAAGGUUUCUUUCUUCUGUAGACAACAGCAAUGCAUUUAUAUAAAAACAAUAAUGUACGUACUCAACUAAACUGAAAAAUAUUGUGUUGCUCUUGACA